UCAGCCCUUUCCUGCCCCUCAGCCAUCGCUCAGCCAGGGCCCCCGAGCUCCCUCCAGGACCUCCUCUGCCAACUGUCAAGUGCACCUGGACUCUGAGUGCUGGCGAUGGGGUGUGCAGGCCAGGGCCUGGCCAGGCAGCAUGGCUGAUGAGAAGACCUUCCGGAUCGGCUUCAUUGUGCUGGGGCUUUUCCUGCUGGCCCUCGGUACAUUCCUCAUGAGCCAUGAUCGGCCCCAGGUCUACGGCACCUUUUAUGCCAUGGGCAGCAUCAUGGUGAUUGGGGGCAUCAUCUGGAGCAUGUGCCAGUGCUACCCCAAGAUCACCUUCGUCCCUGCUGACUCUGACUUCCAAGGCAUCCUCUCCCCAAAGGCCAUGGGCCUGCUGGAGAAUGGGCUUGCUGCCGAGAUGAAGAGCCCCAGUCCCCAGCCGUCCUAUGUAAGGCUGUGGGAGGAAGCCGCCUAUGACCAGAGCCUGCCUGACUUCAGCCACAUCCAGAUGAAAGUCAUGAGCUACAGUGAGGACCCCCGCCCCUUGCUGGCCCCUGACACGGGGCAACCGAAGCUGGGAACCAGUGAUGGAGGAGAAGGUGGCCCUGACGACGUUCAGGCCUGGGUGGAGGUCGCCGUGGUCAUCCCCAGGGGCUCAGACGAGAGUGAAGGGGAAAGACAGCUAACUCAGAACUGGCCUGGCCCUCCAGCCUGUCCCCAGGGCUCUGCCCCCUUGGCUUCCUUCCAAGAUGACCUGGACAUGGGCUCCAGUGAAGGCAGCAGCCCCAACGCAUCUCAACAUGACGGGGAGGAAGCUCGUUUCCCACGACAGAAACCUCGGGGCUGCAGGUACCUGCUGGACCGCUUCCAAGACUUUGCCCUGAUCGAUGCCCCAACAUUGGAGGAUGAGCCCCAAGAGGGGCAGCAGUGGGAAACAGCCCUGCCCAACAACUGGCAGUGGUACCCAAGGACAAAGGUGGAGGAGAAGGAGGCUUCAGACACAGGUGGGGGAGAACCUGAGAAGGAAGAGGAAGACCUGUACUAUGGGCUGCCAGACGGCCCCGGGGACCCCCUCCCGGACAAGGAACUGGGUUUUGAGCCUGACACCCAGGGCUGAAGUGGUUGUGCUCUGUAGCUUCUAGUCUAGAACUGCUGCUAACCCCUGUGUGACAUCACAGGGCCUCAGUUUCCCUAUCUGCAAAAUGGGAUGAUAUGGAGGUUCAAUGAGAUGGUGGCAUUUUGAGAAUGGUAAAGAAAUGCACAGGGAGGGGAUGGUGACUA